CACCGAGCGCCGCCGCCACUCGCUGUGCCCUCAUCUCUCUCGCCGCCCGCCGCCUCGCUGCCCCACCGGCCACCAGCCACCAGCCACCGCAGGUCCGCAGCGCGUCAUAUUCGCUCCGGGGCCCCCAAGAAAGUUGCCGGGGAGAGGAGGGAGCUCCAACUCCAAGGAAGAUGGGGUGGAAGGCGGCGGAGAAGCUCAUCAGGCACUGGAAGAUCCUCCGCGGCGACAACGUGAUGAUCAUCAGAGGCAAGGACAAGGGGGAGUCCGGGCUCAUCAAGCGGGUCAUUCGCUCGCAGAAUCGCGUCAUCGUCGAGGGCAAGAACUUGGUUAAGAAACACAUUAAGCAAGGGGAAGGGCACACAGGUGGUAUUUUCUCGAUUGAAGCUCCACUUCAUGUCUCAAAUGUCCAAGUGGUUGACCCUGUCACUGGGAAACCAUGUAAGGUUGGAUAUAAGUAUUUGGAAGAUGGGACCAAAGUCAGGUAUGCUAGAGGAAUGAAUGCAUCGGGUGCUGUGAUACCCCGGCCAGAAAUUCUGAAGGAGAGAAAAAAACCGAGACCCACGUCACCUGGCCCAAAGGAUACACCAAUUGAGCUUGUGCUGGAGAAGACCUACGAUGAAAAAGCUGGGAUUGGUAUGCCUGAUCUAUAACUCUGCAUUGGUUAUGUGGAGAGUUCAGUGUAUGUGACCAGGCCCUGAGGCCCAUGUGUUAGGCAGUGAAUGAUUGUUGCAGUUACACCGUGCUUCCCUUGUAAUAAUAAUGACGUAUUAGUUACUAGCACUUGUGUUUCUUUUGUCAGAUUGUCCUCUUCUGCAGAAAUGCAAUCUACGAAUGAGAGUGGCCAUAUUCAUACAUUUUCUUUAAGGUGCAAUAGUCAUUUCAGUUCCUUAACUAUUGCUUGAGGUUCAA